AUGGGUCAGAAAAGACAGAGAGAUUCAAAAAGCUCGGGCUUCCAGUCGAAGAAGAGGAAGAGAGCCGCAAAUGAUAACGCUGCGGCCGAUGCCAAUGAUGGUUGGGAUGGCAUUGUUGGCGCGGAUGAGCUGAAUUGGACGGAAGUCGCUCUUCCUGAUCGACUCGAAGAUGCGGGUGGUUUCUUUGGUCUGGAAGAAAUCGAGGGCGUGGAUAUCGUGCGGAACCCUGGGAAUGGGGAGGUUCGAUUCAAGGCCAAGGCUGGAAAACCGAAGAAGUCAGUUUUGAAGACAAAGGCUCCUGAAGAAGAGGAAACGACUCACGACGAUGAAUGGUCUGGGUUCAGCGACAAUGACACCGAUGCGCCAGAAACGAAACCUUCCCCUGCUGUUGAAGAAGUCGGCGAAUCGGACAAGAAGGUGGAUUUGAAGGAGGCCAAAGAGGCGAACAAGAAAGAUAAAAAGAAGGAGGCCAAACAACUGAAAAAGGAGCAGAAAGAAAAGGGGUCCGCGAUACAACACGACUCGAGCAUCAAAGCCGGCAUGUCCUUUGCAGCUCUUCAGGACGCAGAAGAGGACGACGGCGUCGACGUAUCUGCUUGGGACGCACUCAAUCUCUCGACCGAGCUUCUUACUGGAAUCUCAAAGAUGAAAUUCACCUCCCCGACAGCAGUACAGGCGGCGUGCAUACCUCAUAUCCUGGACGGCCACGAUGUGGUCGGCAAGGCUUCUACCGGUUCCGGAAAGACGUUGGCAUUUGGCAUUCCUAUCCUUGAACAUUACCUGGAGAAGAAUAGGGAUGGUCAUGGAGAUAUUAUCGGAAAGAAGGAUAAGAAGGACUCUACCCCCAUUGCGUUGAUUCUGUCGCCCACCAGAGAAUUGGCCCACCAGCUGGCGAAGCAUAUCGGGGAGCUCGUCACACAAGCUCCCGGCGUCAACGCACGAAUUGCGCUCCUGACAGGUGGUCUUUCGGUACAAAAACAGCAGAGAUUACUAGCGGGGGCCGACAUCGUCAUCGGAACACCGGGUCGGGUGUGGGAAAUUAUGAGCACUGGACAAGGAUUGAUCCGCAAGAUGCAGAAGAUCAAAUUCCUGGUCGUCGAUGAAGCCGAUCGGCUGCUGAGUGAAGGCCAUUUCAAAGAGGUGGAGGAGAUCAUCGGCGCGUUGGAUCGGGUGGAGGAUGGGGAUGUUCUUGACGAAGAGGAUGAAGCGCCAGAGGAGGAAUCCGAUCCUAGGUCCGAGAGGCAGACACUGGUGUUCUCCGCCACUUUCCAUCGCGAUCUUCAACAGAAACUCGCUGGCAAAGGAAAGUGGACUGGAGGUGACAUCAUGAAUAAGAAAGAGUCCAUGGACUAUUUGCUGCAGAAGCUGAAUUUCCGGGAAGAGAAGCCCAAAUUUAUUGACACAAACCCUGUCUCGCAAAUGGCCGAGAACCUCAAGGAGGGAAUUGUCGAGUGUGGUGCUAUGGAAAAGGACCUCUUUCUCUAUACUCUCCUCCUCUACCACCCCAAGCACCGGACGCUGGUGUUCACCAACUCCAUCUCCGCCGUGCGCCGCCUUGCCCAGCUCCUGCAGGCCCUCCAGCUUCCAGCCCUCGCCCUCCACUCAUCCAUGGCCCAAAAGGCACGACUCCGCUCCGUGGAACGCUUCUCCUCCCCAACUGCCAACCCUGGUACCAUCCUGAUCGCCACCGACGUAGCUGCCCGCGGCCUCGACAUCAAAGGCAUCGACCUUGUCAUCCAUUACCACGCGCCCCGAACAGCAGACACCUACGUGCAUCGCUCCGGCCGUACCGCUCGCGCCGGUGCAUCCGGCAAGAGCGUCAUCAUCUGCGGGCCGGACGAGAUGGUCGGCGUUGUCCGUCUCGCGGCCAAAGUGCACGCUAACAUGGCGAACGGCAAGCGGCUGCCGCUGGAGUCACUCGAGCUGGACCGCCGGGUUGUAGGCCGGGUCAAGCCGCGGGUCAGUCUCGCCAGCCGCAUCGUAGAUGCCAAUAUCGCCAAGGAGAAGAUCUCGUCGGAGGACAACUGGCUGCGGAAUGCGGCCGAAGAUCUGGGCGUUGAGUACGACAGCGAAGAGUUCGAUGAGGCCGAGGGUAAAGGCCGUGGCCGGGGUCGGGGCCGCCAGCAGAAGCAGAAGGAGGCCGGGAGUGUCAGCAAGGCUGAGUUGGCGGGACUGCGCGCCGAGCUGAAGCAGCUGCUCUCUCAGAGGGUGAAUGUGGGCGUGAGCGAGCGGUACCUGACCGCGGGACGUGUUGAUAUUGAGGCUCUGCUCCGCGGUGAGGGCAAUGCUUCGUUCCUGGGACCAGUGGAUCCCUUGGGUUUUUGA